CCCUCGAAGGCAGUUUUCGUUAAGGAAGUGGAACAGAAGAGGCGGAGACCGUGACUCGAGCUGCCUAUAAGUCUCCCGAGUAACACGGGCAAAACUAGAGACUGACAGGGCGUUUUGUAGAUUUACCUUAAAUCUAAAUCGACACCCAUACAGUUUACGACAAAUAUAGUGACGAGCAGUUAAUCACGGGGGUUAUUUAAGCUUGCGGUCUGCGUAGUGCGGUACAAAUAAUUUUUAAUUUUCUUUUUAAUGGUUAAAUAACAGGAUUCCGCUGAGGGGGUCUUUGACUUAACAGAAGUCAGCAGGACCUUCGUUCCUCCUGCACACUUACUUAGAGAUACCUCAAGCUUCUUGGGCACAAACUCAAUGCGUGCAGAUGACCAAACCUAUCCUUCUCACAAAAAAGGGCAAAAGCCAGGAAGUUCAGAAAACCAGACGGUCCAAGUGCUGUCGAAUAUGCCUGCCCUUGACCCUCCUGGUUCUUUGUGGCUUUGUCAUUUUCUACUACAUCAGCAAGGAUUUUCAGAGGAGCCUUCUGAAGACUUUUCACAAUAAGCCAGAGUCCUGGCAGAAUCAGAAGGAGCAGGAGAGGGCUGUUCCAAAGGCUCCCUUGAAGGAGAGCCCCUCCGUUACACCUCCAGUGGCUAAAACUCCGGGGCCCUAUGAGAUAAUUUACCCGCACGCAUACCAAAUCAUCCUGAAUGAGCCGGAGAAGUGCAAGGGCCAAGGUCCUUUCGUGGUUUUGAUGGUACCUGUCAUACCCGAAGACCAGGAGGCACGGGAUAUCAUCCGCAGGACCUGGGGCAAUGAGAGUGCAGUGCCUGGGGUCGUCAUCCGCACACUCUUUCUGUUGGGUGUGACCAGCAGUCAGGAGACGUUACAGAAAAAGCUGAUUGCAGAGAGUCAGGAGCACCGCGAUCUGCUGCAGUUUGACUUUCAUGACAGCUAUCGCAACUUGACCAUCAAGACCAUGCUGAUGAUGGAGUGGCUGAAUACCUCCUGCCACAAUGCCCAGUAUGCUGCCAAGGUUGACACAGACAUGUUCUUCAAUGUGGACUUGCUUGUGAAUACACUGCUGAAUCCCCAGUCAGCACAGGCCAAACGGGACUACAUCACAGGGGCAGUGAUCCGUGGUGGAAUAGCACGGAGAGACCAUGAUUCCAAGUGGUACAUGCCCGAGGAGGUGUUCUCCAAGGCUACUUAUCCGUGUUAUGUCUCCGGGAAUGCUUAUAUCUUCUCCAUGGACCUUCCUGAUAAGAUCCUGACAGCAUCCAGUCAUGUAAAGCCUAUCCAUCUGGAGGAUGUGUACCUGGGUAUGUGCCUGGAGUCCUUGGGAAUCUCUCCCACAGAGCCGCCUAGUCCUGGCUUGUUUCAGAUGUGGCCCCGUUCUUAUGACCGCUGUCUCUUCUCUGGCUUCAUCUCUGUCACUGGCAUCCAAUUGAAAGAUCUGGAGAGGAACUGGGCCAAUUUCCAACAGCCAGGGUCUUAUUGCUGAUGACAAUAUCAUUCAUUUGUUUUUGUGCACUGGGAAAACCAAGCAAUUUUAAUGCUCACUGCCUCAUGUAAAAUGCGAUAUGCAGUAAACAGAUUUCAUAAAUGACACGGAAGAGACUGCAAUUUAUGUUGUUGGCUUGUCUUUCAAAACAUCUUUGUUUCAUGGCUCAUUUCUACAAUAGAAUUAAUUGUUUGUAAGAUUUUAUAAAUGUGAUGUUUUUUUAAAAUAAAAUGUUUAUACAUUUCA